CCCUUUGAUCCGUUCUAACCGCUUCUUCUUUCUCUUUUUCAUUUCUUUCUUUUCAAUCUCUCGUUUUCUUCAUUUUUCUAUUUUCUUCUUUCUCUGUGCAAUUGCAAACCCUAGAAACUAAAAUGUGUUCGUUGUUGGGAUCGUAAUCGAGUGCGGGCGAUAACUGUUUCGUGAUUCGCGCGCGCCGUAUUUUAAUUUCGAUUUCAAUGGCGAAGGAAAUUGCUACAUUGUUCGGUUUCGCGAUUGUGCGAGAUUGAGUUUUUUUUUUUUUUUGAAUUUUGAAUUUUGAUUGGGAUUGGGAAGGGUUUUUGAAUUUGAUUGUUGCUAUUAUGUCUGAUUUGGUUGCUCGUACGGGUCGGCAUCAGCAACGGUAUGAGAAUGGUUAUCGUCUUGUUGCUGGGUGUGUUCCCUUUAGGUAUAAAAGUUCUGGAGACGACGACUCUAGUUCUGAGAAGAUUAUUGAAGUGCUUAUGAUUAAUUCACCUAGUGGACCAGGUCUUUUGUUUCCAAAGGGAGGUUGGGAGAAUGAUGAAACUGUUGAGGAGGCGGCUGUAAGAGAAGCUAUAGAAGAAGCAGGAGUUCGAGGAGACCUAAUGGAUUGUCUUGGGUGCUAUGAGUUUAGGAGUAAGACCCACCAAGAUGAGUUCAGUCCAGAAGGGUGGUGUAAAGCAGCAAUGUUUGCUUUGUUUGUCAAGGAGGAACUUCAGCUGUGGCCUGAGCAAAAUACCAGAAAUAGGAGUUGGCUGGCUGUAUCAGAGGCACUCGGAAGCCUCCGGCAUGAAUGGAUGAGGGAUGCUCUGGAACGCUUCUGCAAAUGGCAUGAGGAAAAGUUUGUUGAUGGAACAAUAUGAUUUACCUGAUAUUAGACUGAUUUGCUGACAAUUUAUUUUUAGGGGGGUGGCUAUUUGAUAAAAAUACUAUUCUUGGGGUAGUUACUUUAGGAAAUAUAACUGAUCAGAAUUGCUUAGUUAUUAUUUCAAGUAUGUGGAAUGAUCUCUGGUUCUUGAUUCAGAGUAAUUCAUAACAUUCAAUAUCAGCUCAGUUGUUCAUUCUUGUUCUGUUAAAUUUGUAUCUGUGCAUGCGUACACCUAUAUAUUUGAUUUACUAAAUAUUGAUGUUGAAUAUGACCAACUCAUACAAACAUGAAGUAAUAACGGCAUAGUUAUUCAUUGUAA